AAACCGUGGUAUUCUUAACGCUAUCAUCUACGUUCUACGUUUUCUCCAAUCUUUUCGUCGUUGCACGCGACGCCUUCGUAUUUCUCGUUUUCUCGAUUCCAACAUCCCCAACGAGACAUACGCAAUUUGCUUCGUUACCCAAUUUGUUACGUCACCUUCGCGAACAAUCCACACCCUACAGUAACACUGAUUCAUCGCCGUUUCGUAACUUCGAGCCUAUCGGUUCCUAUCGCCCAUCGUUUCGUUCUCUAUCCCUGUUCGUUCUGAACUUAUGCACGGUCAUCGCCCCGCGAUGUACCCGUCGAAAAUGGGCUAAGGCAGAGGUGCAGGCUUGCCCGUCGGAGAAAAGUGUGAGAAACGGUGCUCAAGCGACCCGGGAGCCGUCCAGGUUCGCGUUACGCUGCUGCUAGAACGCUGUACCACCGAUAUACACACGUCGAUGUGCAGGGGGCUGUGUGUGUUGUAUGUGUGUGUACGUGUGUGUGCGUGCACAAUAGCGAUGCCAUCUCUCGAAAGACAACCACCGAGAUUCCCGAUUCCGGGAGUCGUCGCGUCGCGAUUCUUCUAUUUCGCGCCUAUUCGAGAGGACACCGACGAAAGAAAAGGAAUUCUGUACGCUUGGGAGCAUCGCGGAGAUGAACGCGAAAAAAAUUCUUCGAUUAGAAGAAUCGACCAGAGAAACGAAACAUCGCGACUCGAUAACGCAAGCGUACGAGAAUCCAUGGACACUGGGGAACAAGUUUCGGGUUACCAGACUGGGAAACACCCAAACGUAUAAACGCGCAGCAUCGCCGUGGGGACGUUACGCGUCUUCUAGACGAACAUCGAGGCAACAGAAUGUGAGAAUGUCGGGAGUAUCUGGUGAGCGAUACGUGCAGUGUCUGGUGUUCUCGCUACGCGCAAGAAGUAAGUCAUCGUUUCGUAACGAUUCCGCCCCCGGCUCGAGAAUUCGAUCUGGGUUGAUUCUGGUAUGGAAGAGGAUCGCCGGAAAGGAAGGAAGGAUGCCGUUUCGUUCGUCGUGCGGCCCGCUGCAAAUAAGCCUGAACGGAAAAAUGGGAGGUGAGGGCGGGAAGGGUCUUGAGCCGGACGGGAAUCGUCAAAGGAGAGGUGAUCAAAGGCGGAGGCAGCGGGCUCGAUGAGAGGCCAAAGCGUGGCCGUGACGAUUUAUCCUUCGCCUCCCUUCUCCUCGUCCGCCUGGGAUCCGGUGGACAUCGCCGUCGCAGCUCUCGCCUCUCUGGAAAUCCUCGUUAAGGGGACACCGCGACCUGCGAGCGCGCGUAACGGACUUACCUCUCGGAACUUCUACGAACUAAUUGUCUCUAGUCACUAAUUGUAUCGUGUGCAUCUACGAAUGGGAGCAACAACGCCGUUCGACUGAGCCGGUCAUUUUUCUCUCUCGCGACGGACCCGAACGAGACCGACACUCUCGUUCCCGUUUGCUGCCGAUUCGCGAUCGGCGGGACCGUUCGUCGUUAAUUGUCACGCUCGAUCCUUUUAGCCGAGUAAAUUGAUACGAACUACUUAAUUUCCCUCGUAAUUGUCUCGUGCCAAAAUCUCUCUGUCGGGGACAGUGCAAUCGACUGGACCGAUGCUCUGCGAAUUUCAGUGCGUGCUUCACCGAUGAUGGUAUGCAAAAAUUUCAAUUAAUCGAUUGUUAUUAAAUCGAAUGGAAAAUUUUAAGUGAUCCAUGUUGUUGUAGUCCUUCCUUUAGAGAACAUUUAAAAGAUGUUUUAGACAAAAACUUACGCCUUUCUAUUAAACGGAAAAUAAAGUUGAAG